UUCACCCCCGCGGAUUGCCUUGAGAUGCUGAGGGCUCAGAAUCGGGAUCUGGGACUAGUCGUGGAUCUUACAUUCAGUGAUAGAUAUUAUGACGGGAGAGAGUUCUCUAUGAGGGGGGUGGAGGUGAUCAAAAUCAGAGAGUGCGGCCAUGGGGUUAUCCCAAAUAGAAAGAAUGUGGUUGCCUUCAUGAAUCUGGUGAAGGCAUUCACAGCAAGAAAGCCGGACAAGUACAUCGCCGUCCACUGCACUCAUGGCCUGAAUCGCUCAGGCUACUACAUCGUGAGUUUCCUGAUCGAGGUUUUGCACUUCACCCUCGAACAAGCCAUGGCAGCAUUCACGCAGGCAUCACCGCCCGGGUUGUGGGACAAUGAGUAUAUCCUUGCCCUGUACAAGCAGCACAACGCUGGA